UUAAAUACGCAACAUAAAUUAAACAGUAUUGUGAAUAACACCAAUUUGUUUAUAAUCAGUUGACACAGUAAAAAGUAUUAAGUUAACAGUUUGCAGAUACAAAAAAUACUAGAUAAAUUCCCUGUUAACGUUCUGCCCACGCACACGGGCUCUGCUUGGGUCUCUUCUGUGGCUUGCAGUGUUGUACAACUUGAUAUCGAAAUUAAAACAAAAAAAAUCCCAUCGCCAACCAAUGCUCAUUUAAAAAGCUAACUCAGAAAAAGCCCAUACUUACCGUUGCAUUAGCAAUUGGAAUACUCAGAAUUAAAAGCGAAAUGGCGCCAUUUAAACUCAAAUUUCGCAUGGGCAGCUCGCGAAGCACGAGUACAUCGCAAGAGCAUGAUCCGGAUCCGACAGUAAACGAGGCGCUAUUGGGCACACAGCAACAGGAACAGGAACAAAAUCAGCAGCAGCAGCAACACCACCACCAGCAACAACAACAACAACAACAUCAGGCAGUUGGUGCCAGUAGUUCCACAAUUGAUUCAGUUGAUUGCAACAGUCUCGGUUCAAUGAGCGAACGGAAGCUGCUGCUGCCUCCGAAUCCAAGUAAAGCUGGCAAUAAUACCAACAGUUUACGUAUGGGCUAUGUCAACCCGAGUCGCACACCGUGCAUCAGCGAAACGGCAACGGGAACGGAUAGCAACAAGGUGCCCACCACACCGCCGCCCACUUAUGAGUAUGUGCUAGAAGAGAACACGCGCCUCUCGCAGCAUCAACGGCAGCUGUCGUCGGAGAACAGUGCUACGCCCAAUCAGAACAGUCGACGCAGCUCGGCGAAUAGCUCGCGGCAGAGCGCUGCUCAUCUGAGCGCCGCCCUGGAGCAGCUGACCCUAAAUGACAGCAGCAAUAGCAACAGCAACAGCGACAGCGACAGCAACGACAUUUGCAACGAUCCGGAUUGCCAGCAGAACUAUAACAACAGCAGCAACUGUGGCAGCCGCAACAACAACAACAACAGCAACAACAAUAACAACCACAGCAACAACAACAACGACGGCGAGGAACUGGAGCAACGGGAGCAUCAGGUCCACCCGCACAUCAUCGAGGGCGUCACCGAGCUGGAGCUGGAGCACAGCGAGAACGAGGAGUGCACGCUGAGCGUCAACGAGUUUCUAUUGGAAACCGAAAUGGCUGCUUCGCGUGCCAACAAGGAUAAUCUCUAUGCCGCCUGCAGCGAUGCCAGCGAUGGGCAGCAGCCGUGCACGGACGCCGAAUGCACAGAGUGCGGCGAGCAGGCCGCCUGCGGCAGCAGCCACCUUGGCAUAGAAUCCGAGGAGGACGGCGAGGAGCCAAGCACCAGCAACGCGGCCCGACACAAUUUCUAUGAUCCGCUGCUAAAUCGCUAUGGCAGCGAGCCUGGCUGCUCCAAUGGCGCCGCAUCGGGCAACAGCAGUGCACAAUCCUGCAACGAGGCCUGCUGUGCCUCGGGCUCUGGCUCCACUUCAGUUUCCUCGAGAGGCCUUCGUGGACGUCGUCAGCAACAACAGCAGCAGCAGGAGCAGAGCUGCCUGCUUACGCCGGAAAUGAUGAGCAACAAGACCUCCAAGGAGAUCUACAAGGAUCUAGCCAAGCAGUGGGGCAUAACGUGCAAAAUGUCCGAAAGCUGCCGCUGCAUGGACUGUCAGAGCCAUUAUUUCGAUUGCGACUACGAUGAUAACGAACAUCAGAAAACAGAUGGCGGAUUGGGAGCUGGCACGCCCAUGUUUAUCAGCGAGGUAAUGCACGGUUCCGGCUGUCAGAUAUUGUAAAGGAUACGGGUUUUUUUUGUGGUUUUUGCAUAUGAAGAGAUUGCUGAACAAAUGUUUUAUGUAAAUGCAAAUUGUUUUUCUAGAAAAAGCCAAAUGAAGAGCAAACUUAGUAUAAGCAACAGAAAAUAUGUUUGGCAUUAAAUUGACGUUAUUUGCACAAGCCGUUUGCGCAAGCAGUUUGCACAAAAUGCAGUAGGAAUAAUGUUGCACCGCGUAGCCUAUGCGAAUUAGGUUGAAAUAUUCAAUUAUACUGGAUAAAAUAAACAAUGAGGCAAAUGGAAUUAUUUAUUUAUAGCCACCAAACGUAGACUUUGAAAAUUAUUAUAAAAAUUCGUAUUCAACUUUUUUUGAGAAGUUUUUGAAUCGGAUCUCUAACUAAAUGCAUUUUCUUUCUAAGGAUUAAACACGAUUUGCGAAUUGAUAAAAAAAAUAAAAACAUUUCAAAACCCACCUUGCAAGACACAAGUUUGAAUAUCCUUAAAUGUGUUCCAUUUUAGAACCAAAAUUUAUGCAAAGCCUGCAACCAAUUGAAACAAAUAUAUAUAUAUAUAAAUAUAAUUUGAUUUGAGGCAUAAUUGAUAAACUGUCAAAAACCUUUAACUGCAGUAGCUGUAAGCCCCAUGGAAUCCCCUUCUAAAUCCGAGCUUGUCAGAAGUUUGUCGAAAUGGUCAAAUUAUAAAGUAGCGGCGGCUUUCUAGAUGUAUCGAAAAGUAAAAAGAUAAAUUUGUAUGUAUUUUUCUAUAUGAAGAAUUAUGUUUAGCUGGCAAAACGUUAGAAAUGCAAAAUAGACAAGUGCAGGAGGCGGCAUUCCCGUGCCCUAGGAACUCGUACGAAAAUAUAGGCAUAAUACGUACCCACACACAAUUAUUAUUAUAAUUAUUAUUAUUAUUAUCAAGAAAAAACCUAAAUGUAGCUUAAGCAAAACAACGAUGCGAACAGUUGGCACUUUUGUGCUGGUCAAAGUGUGUGGAAUUAUGAAAACCAAAAAGAAACUAAAAUUCUAGCCUUAUCGAGGCGAAACAAAGUUAACUUUUAUUACAAAUAUAUGCUGAUAUUUUUAAAACGAAGCGCAAAUAUUUAGUCUGAUAUUUUUCCAAAUGGAUUUCAUCAUAUUUCGCUAUAUACAUGUAUGUAUAUGGUAUAUGGUAUAUAUAUAUAUUAUUGAUUUUGUUAAAGCAGCGAGUCACAGAGCAAAGGCAUUUAGAAUCCAAAUCCCAGGCACCUUAACUAUGUUCCGUACUAUCUAAGCAAGCGGGUUUCAUUCGCCAACGAGGCAAAUAAGCUCAGAAUCUAAACUCAAUACUAAAAACCAAUUGUACUUGCAUUAAUCGCGCAGAGAUCGAACCCGUAUAUAUAUACGAUACGGGGUAUAUAUAACUCAAAAAGUAUUUGUUUAUACUCGUAUAUAUUAAAAAAGAAGAAAAAAAAAGAAAACUGACUAAGUCUGUUAGCCGUUAGUUGA